GGUUUAGGAAAAGCUCAGUCUAGCUGAGUGAGUCCGAGGAGACGCAUCGGUGUGUCGGCGGCAGGCGACGCUUUUGUUUGUGGAUAUUUACAGCGAACUGUUGACGUGUUCAGGAGGUUUUUAUUCACAUAACCAGGCGUGUUGGUAGGUUAAAUAAGGGGGGAUGAUGGUGGCCUUGUUGUAGCAUCAGAGUGGGACGCAGCUCCACGUCCACAUUCCUGUGUAACGAGGCCAGAUCAGUGUGAGGACUCGGGCUUCAUGUCAAGGAGUUUACCGGUGCCGGUUUAAAACAAACACCCCUCCUCUCCCAUUAGUACCAGAACCCCUCCAGAGUCACCAUGGACGGCUUCUAUGACCAGCAGGUCCCUUUUAUAGUUCCACCCAGCCAGCAGAAGUUGCAUGUGGAGGAAUCGUCUCACGGCUCGUCCCUGAAUGACCGAAAGAGAAAGUUUGUGGAGACGGAGCUUGCCCAGGACACAGAAGAACUGUUCCAAGACCUCAGUCAGCUGCAAGAGAUCUGGAUCGCUGAAGCCCAGGUGCCUGAUGAUGAACAGUUUGUUCCAGAUUUCCAGUCAGAAAACUUGAUGUUUCAUGGCCCUCCACCGACCAAGAUCAAACGGGAGCUGACUUCCUCCAAAGAGCUAUCUCCCUGCAGCCAGGACGGGAGUCCCAUGCCCUACGGAGAGAAGAGCCUUUACAGCUACAGUGUCUGCGACAGGAAGCCUACCGCUGUGUUCAAGCCGUUGACCCCGCCCUCCACACCAGUCUCUCCCAGUGGCCCCAGCAGCACAGUCCUAACCCGGAGCCCCCCUCCACGUUGCCACAUAGCCGCUCAGAGCACAGGGCCAAAUCCACUGCAGCAAUCCUCCAACCAGCAGGCUCUCCCAGUGCACAGCCCCCCCUUCGCUGUGCCCUGUGCACCUGUUGGCCAGGAUGCAAACAGCUUCACACCUGAGCACAGGUUCCAGAGACAGAUGUCAGAGCCAUGUUUGUCCUUUCCUCCAUCUGACAACCAAAUCCACCCGCGGUUCCUCUCGCGGCCCACCAGCAGCAGCAACUUGCCCCGUGACAGCCGGCCGCCGUACCACCGGCAGAUGUCAGAGCCGUUGGUGGCUAUGCCCCCUCAGGGCUUCAAGCAAGAACUCACUGACCUGCAGUACAGCGAGCAGGGGGUCCCCUCCAUGGGCCCCCCAUGCCCACCUCCAGGCCCUCUACGACAGCCCGCUUACCACCCAAUGGCCAUCAAGCAGGAGCCCCGUGACUUCUGCUUCGACUCCGAAGUGCCUAACUGCCAGUCAUCCUUCGGGAGAGCAGGAAGCUUCUACCGGAAUAAUCAUGAAAGCUGCUGCUUCGACAGAGAUCCUCAGCUGUACUUUGAUGAUACUUGUGUGGUUCCUGAAAGAUUAGACGGCAAAAUAAAGCAGGAACCUUCUGUUUAUCGUGACGGACCUCCGUACCAACGUCGUGGCUCCCUUCAGCUCUGGCAGUUCCUGGUCACCUUACUAGACGACCCCGCUAACGGCCACUUCAUCUCCUGGACAGGACGAGGCAUGGAAUUCAAACUGAUAGAGCCGGAGGAGGUGGCACGUCGCUGGGGCCUCCAGAAGAACAGACCUGCCAUGAACUACGACAAGUUGAGCCGCUCGCUGCGUUACUACUACGAGAAGGGCAUCAUGCAGAAGGUGGCCGGUGAGAGGUAUGUGUACAAGUUUGUCUGCGACCCUGAGGCUUUGUUCUCCAUGGCCUUCCCCGAUAACCAGAGGCCCAGCUUGAAGGCCGACCCAGACAGCCUACCUGGCCUGGACGAGGACACGGUGCCCCUCACCCACUAUGACGAUGCGGCGUCCUACCUGCUGGAUGCCGGGGAGCCGUGUGUUGCUGCUCUGCCCUUUCCAGAUGGAUACGGCUACUAACUAGUU